UUAUAUUUAAAAAAUAAUUUUUAAGCCCUUGUAAUAUUUACUUAAUUUAUUUUAUAUAGUAUAAUAUUAAAUAUUUUAGUAAAUUAAAAGCACGUUUUCCUGGAACAUCAAAAAUUCAAAGACAUUCCGAUAAUUAUAAAAUUAACUAACACAACGGCAAUACUACAAUGUGCGGAAUAUUCGCUUACAUGGGUCGAACACACACUCUGGAACGUCUUAGGCCUCACUUCGACAAAAUAUCUCAUCGCGGUCCCGAAUUCAGUAAGCUCAUGCAUUUGCGACCCGACUUGGUUUUCGGGUUCCAUCGGCUGGCCAUAAUAGACUCGUCCGAGCUCGGUAAUCAGCCUAUAUUCCAUCCCGAUGAUCCCGAAAAAACCAUAAUCGUCAACGGGGAAAUUUACAAUUACAAGGCGCUAAAAGAGGUUUACGAUUACACCACUCGGUCCGGGUCAGACUCCGACGUCAUGCUUCACCUAUACCACCAUUUUGGCGUCGAGGCUAUGCUCAAGGAGCUAGAUGGCGUUUUCGCUUUCGUUAUCAGAGAUCAUGACAAGCUCAUAUUAGGUAACGAUAUAAUAGGUGUCAGGCCUCUUUUCGUGGCAUAUCUCCCCGGCGGGGAGUGGGCGGUGGCAAGCGAAGAGAAAACUUUAAUCGGGCUCGAUCCCCUGAGAGUGGAGCGGUUCAAACCCGGGACCUUUGUUGUUCAACCCUUAAACCAGGCCGUCUCGUCAGAGACAGGAUUGAAGUAUCAUCCUUACUUUGAUUGGUUCCACGGACCCGAGCGUUUAGAUAUGACUCCCCUGAAAUUCGCUGAUGAACAAACCGUUUGCUCCACCCUCGAGGAGUACCUGAUUCAAUCUGUCAAGAAAAGGUUAGUCAGUGAUAGGCCCGUCGGCUGUUUGCUCUCCGGAGGACUCGAUUCUAGCCUCGUGACUAGCAUAGUGGCCAGAUACUACAGCGGGGACAAGGCUACCGUUCAUCAUUCAACAUCUUGCGCACUCGGAAAAACCCAACACGGCACAAAGUUGAUAAAAAAUAUCGAAGGAAAGGUGAUAGACGCGUCGACGCAUACCAAUGGAACACUCCACAUUCCAGCUUCCGGUGGCGACAGACGCCGUUCUUAUUCCCCUUCCUCCGACACCAAUUUCAACUCUUACCAAAACGAUGACCUGAAGGAUGAUUUGGACAAAUCGAUAUCUUCUCACGAUGCCAAUCAAAAUUACGCUACCGCUAACAACGUUACAUCAUCCUUGAUUGGUCAAUCUACUUGCACGUGCGCAAGGCAACCCCACCUAGCAACCUUACACACCUUUUCUAUAGGGAUGACUUCAGAUAGGGGUGCUUCGCGAUCCCCCGACCUUGAAUAUGCUGAAAUGGUAGCCAAACAUUUGGGAACUCAGCAUCAUAGGGUAGAAUUUACGUUUGACGAAGCUUGGAAAGUCUUACGAGACGUCAUAUAUAGUUUGGGAAGUUGGGAUUGUACCACGGUUAGGGCCAGUAUACCACAGUACUUAUUGGCAAAAUACGUGAAAGCCCAUAGUGAUGUCAAGGUCCUCCUGUCAGGUGAGGGAGCUGAUGAAAUUUUUGGUUCUUAUUCCUAUUUCAAAAAAGCACCGAAUCCCGAAUCAUUCACGGAGGAAUGCGUACAUUUGUGUCGAAACCUGUAUCAAUUCGACGCGCUCAGAGCCGAUCGAACACUCUCCGCUUUCGGCCUUGAACUGAGGGAACCUUUUUUGGAUAAGAAAUUGCUGCCUUAUGUACUUUUCCGCGUUCCUGCCCUUAUGAAGAUGCAUGGAGUUUGUGGCGAUGACAAAAUUGAUAGCGUAAAACCCAGAGCGGAGAAACAUAUUUUACGUCGCGCUUUCGAAGGUGACUAUUUGCCUGCGCCUGUAUUGUGGAGGAGUAAAGAGGCUUUUUCCGACGGGGUAAAUUACGAAUUCAGGGAUCGGUUGAUAGAGAAGAUCAAUUCGUUAAUUUCCGAUUCAGAAUUCCAGGAAGUAGCCCCAAAUUUACCAACGCCCGUACCCCUGACCAAGGAAGCCUACUAUUACAGAAAAAUUUACGACGAGUUUUUCAGCCAGCAGGGAGGAGGAAAGGGUAAAAGGCUACCAUUGGUAGAUAAAAAUUGGAUGCCCAAUCCCGAAUGGUUCGGCGAGGAGGAAAGGAAAGGCCUGGUCGAUCCUUCCGCUAGAGUGCUUUCCACUUACGAUGUUAGGGAUAGUUUGAUAGAAGGGGGGAAAGAGUGCCGAUUGAAAAAAAUGAAAAAUGCGAUAUAAA